CGCAGGGGACUUAACAGAAGACGAGCCCGGACUGGAGCAUCUGUCCCGCGGACAGACCGCCCCGGAGCCGCGUGGAGCCGCAGAACCAGAGAUAGAAGCCGACCGAGCGGGGGUAGAGGCGGUAGGAGGGCAGAGCUGUAGCGGUACCGCGCUCCCGGUUCUGAGCUCACAGCAUUUCCUGCUCGGACAUGGAUGAUCUCGAUGCUCUGUUGUUGGACCUAGAGUCCUCCACUCUACACAUCUCCAAACGCCCCGUGUUUUUGUCGGACCAGAACUACUCUCUCCCUGUGGGGUCAGAAGAGUGCUCUCUAUCUGUUGUGUCAGAGCAGUCUCCUGUGUGUGUGGGGAGCCCAGAGUCCCAUCAGGAGGUGAACGGAGACGCCCUAACUCAGUCCCCAGACCCUGCCCUGAGUCCCGGCAGCAAAUCAGAGCCAACAGCAGAGGACGAGCACAUCUACAGUCUUCCGGUCAAACCCAAGCCAUCGGACAGUCCCAUUGCCAUGGCUUCUCUAGGUUCAAACCUCUCGGAGCUAGACAGACUUCUGCUCGAGCUGAACACGGUCGACCACGGCACAUCAGCCUUCACCACACCAGAAGAAGCUGCUCCACCGCUGCCCUCGACCUCCAUCCUCCUUCAGGCCCAGGAGAACGGUGUGGAGAAACCCAAGAGAGGAGCAGCGGGACAAGGAGAGGAGAGACCCAGUGUGGAGAGCCUCUUGGAUCAGCUGGAGACUUCUGUGCCACUGGUGGUCAGUGAGGAUCCUUCUGACCCUUGCUCUGACCCGUCCCUGGAGCUCUCGUCUCAGCAGACCUCUCGGAUGUCGGCCUCUUCAGCGACUCGAGAACUGGACGAACUAAUGGCGUCUCUGUCGGACUUCAAGGUCCAGAGUAACUCCGGCUCUCAGUUAUCCGUAAACCACGAGGAGGUGGAGUCUGUCCCUGCACCUGUCACCGCCCCCUUCCCUGUCAGAGGCAAUCAGCUCCCUCCAGCUGAAUCAAAUGCCCCGCCCUCCCCUCCCCUUGUCUCCCUUGAGUUGCACAUUGACGAAGAUGGCUCCUCCCCCAAAACCUUCACUUCUGCCCAAAACAAACACGUCAGUGGCGAAUCUUUGGUUACCGUGGAAAGGCUGUCUGGGUCCAUCACAGCGUGCAGCAGAGACCAGAGCCAAAGCCCGGUUCUAGUCCAGAGCCAAAGCCCGGUCCUAGUCCAGAGACAAAGCCCAGUCCUAGUCCAGAGACAAAGCCCAGCUCCAAGUCCCAAAAACCCAAGUCCAGUUUCGGUCUCGAAGUCUCCCAGUCCUGUGUCCAAAGUCCUGUCUCCGGACCCGAUGGAGCCGGGCAAACUGCCACCUCCCGCCCAGCCCAAAGUCUCCAGCCCCAUAACCGUCCCGAGGAUCGCCAGCCCCGAGCCCAAGAGCGCCAGUCCAGUGCCAAUCCCAGUCAUCUCCAGUCCCAUAACCUUGCCAAUGUGUGCCAGUCCAGACCGCUCCAGUCCCAUCAUGAUCCCAAUCCUCUCUGCGCCCGCUGUGGCCAGAGCGCCGAUGUGUGCCAGUCCAGACCGUUUCAGUCCCAUCACGAUCCCAACCCUGUCUGCGCCUGCCGUGCCCAGCCCUCUCACCCUCCCGCCCCCCUCCUCCACCACCCUCCCCCGGACUCUCAGCCCUGACCUGGACUCCUCCCUCUCACCACGUCUGUCCAGCCCCGUGACCACGCCCACUGUCACCAGGAAGACGUUCACGGUGCAGAGUCCUGUUUCCUCUCCUGCCCCAGUCUCCUCCCCUGUCUCCUCCCCCACCCCCGUCUUUACUCCCUCACAGACUAAAGUGGACGAGGUGCUGGAUCUAACCUGGCCGUGUCGGGAGCCGCUAUUCGACGAUGCUCUGGACAAACUGUUGUGCUGUGACCAGGCGGGUGCGCUGUCGGGAGAGGAGGAGGUGCACUGGGAGGAGGAGGACGGGACCAUCUCUCCCAUGACAGAGGGCAGCUGGCUGGAGGAGUGCCUGACUCCACCUUCUUCAUGUCCCGGGACUCCUGACGCCUCGCUGGACCUGCCGUCACAGCAGCCGUCUGCUGUGGAGCGUCUGUCCGCCUCGGGGCAGCUGAAGUCGGUGAUCCGUAGAACCAAAGAGACGACGAAUGUUCACCCCAUGUUUCGCGAAGGCCAUCGGAGGAAGAUGGGACCGAUCCUGGUGCACAAGUCCAACUCCCAGGACCGUCUGAUCCAGGAGCUACAGGGAAAGCUGGGAAUCGGGCGUGUGGAGAGGAGGAGGAAACAGCAGACAGACGAUUGGCUCACAGAAGGAGUGAUCGUCAUGUCAAACCCGCAGAGGAGCAGAGAAGAGAGGCCAGCGGUCGAUAAGAUCAUCAUCCCCCCUGACUCCCCCGCCCCGCAGAGGAAGGUGCUGCCGCCCCCUCAGAAACCUGCCCCUCUCCCCCCUCCCCCACCCACUCCUCCUCCGCCCCGAGAACCGACUCCUCCUCCUCCUCCUCCUCCGCCUCCUCCCAAAGAGCCGACACCACCUCCUCCACCCAGGACACCCACGCCUCCCCCGCGAGAGCCCACCCCCCCUCCGAGGGUCCCCACGCCUCCCCCCAGAGAGCCCACACCUCCUCCCCCAAAACAGUUCUCAUCGGUCGGCUGCCAGACCGACUAUGACCCCAUCUUCCCUCCGCUGCAGAUGCAGCAGGUGGUGCCGGCCGCUCCUCCAAACAAACUGGACAACAUGCUGGGCAGCCUCCAGUCCGACCUGAACCGCCUCGGGGUCCAGACUGUGGCCAAAGGUGUCUGCGGAGCCUGCAAGAAACCCAUUGUGGGACAGGUUGUCACGGCGAUGGGCAGGACGUGGCACCCGGAGCACUUUGUGUGCUCUCACUGUCAGGAGGAAAUCGGCUCCAGAAACUUCUUUGAGCGUGAUGGCGCUCCGUACUGUGAGAGAGACUACCACCAGCUGUUCUCACCACGCUGCCACUACUGCAACGGACCCAUCCUAGAUAAAGUGGUGACUGCUCUGGAUAAAACGUGGCAUCCGGAGCAUUUUUUCUGCGCUCAGUGUGGAGACUUCUUUGGACCUGACGGGUUUCAUGAGAAGGACGGGAAAGCAUUCUGUAUGAAAGAUUACUUUGAGAUGUUUGCUCCAAAGUGUGGAGGCUGCUCCAGAGCCAUCCUGGAGAACUACAUCUCAGCUCUGAACGCACUGUGGCACCCAGAGUGCUUCGUCUGCAGGGAGUGCUACACGCCAUUCAUAAAUGGCAGUUUCUUUGACCACGAGGGGCUCCCGUUCUGUGAGGCGCAUUACCACGAGAGGCGGGGCUCACUGUGCUCCGGCUGCCAGCGUCCAAUCACAGGGCGCUGCAUCACUGCCAUGUCCAAGAAGUUCCACCCGGAACACUUCGUCUGCGCCUUCUGCCUCAAACAGCUCAACAAGGGAACGUUCAAGGAACAACAAGACAAGCCAUACUGCCAUACCUGCUUCUCCAAGCUCUUCAGCUAGAACCAUCUGAGACACCCACAUACACCCACCUGCAACAGGUCUUCAAACAGGUCUUCAGCUAGAGCCGCAUACACCAAGACAGAACCAGGCCCGGGCGAUAUGGUGCUAAAAAUGGAAUCGUGAUCUCAUUCCUGUGAUUCACAGUUUCUCGAAUGACUACAGCUCUAUGGUCAAACACACACUUUAUGCUCAAUAUGUAGAUUUUAUAUAU